UUCGUAGAAACAAAAACAAACAGCAACAAAAUAUACGGAAAUAUGAAUUUAUCCAAGGAAAAUAUGGGCCUUAACCUGCCAAUGCUACUUGCCAAUCAUCCGCCCUUGGAUUCUUGGCAUCCAUCCGGUGCAUUUUCCCCGCCUCAAGUUAACGAACGCAACCAUCAGCUGCAUGUAACCUUGCCCAUGCCAUUCUCUGCCCCUUCGCACAGUGAUUUGAAUAAUUCGGCCGCUGGUAGUUUAGGUGGUGGUGGAGGCGGCGGCGGAGGUGGGAGUAGUAGUGGUGGUACUGGUGGCGGUAGCAGUGGAGGACGUCUAAGUGCCAGUGGUAUUGUUGGUGGCCAUAGCAUUUUUGGCGGCGGUGGAGGCAGCAGUAACAGCGACUUUGCCGGAAGUCCCCAGAAACCCAUGGAUACCACCGACAUUGAUAACGAUGACAACGACGACAAGGAACCCGAAGCCAAAUGCGAACGUACAUCCUCGACACCGUCCAAUCUACACGAGACCUCUCUGACCUCAAACGAUGGCCGUUUGAGUUCGGGUCCAAAUGGUGGUACACCGGGCGCCAUCAGUGAUGCCGGCGGAGGAGGUGGUGGCGGAGGUAGUGCUGGCGGAGGCACAAGCAGCUUAGCUGGCGGCAGUGGUGGUAGUGUUGGUGGCGGUGGUGGGGGCAGUGUUGGCGGUCGUCGUAGCACUGGUGCCUCCGGUACAGAUGCCGGUUCUAGUCCUAUACCAAAUACAAAUACUUUUGAAGCUCAUAAACAAAGACACUUAAUGCCGGGUGGCGCUAUGGCCAGCGGGUCGCGAGAUCAAGACGAUCUGGAUAUCAAACAGGAACUACUGGAGAAUUAUUUCCACGCCCCACAUCCGCCACCGCCUCCCGGUUCGCACCGUUCCUACAGUUCGGCCGAUGAUAACCGCCACCCCAGCGACUGUCCCGACGAUUUUGCUCAAGAUUUACGGGUAAGCGCCGCAGCUGCGGCUGCCGCCAAGGGUCUUGAUUUCAGCCGUUUUGUCCUGCCACCUAGUCUGCGUCGGUCCACCGAAUCGAUAGAUGAGAAAUUUUCCCCGCUCAAUAUGCGCAAGCUGACAGCGUCGAGUGCCUCAUCGAGUGCGGCCGGUCAAAUGCUCAUGAAUUCACUGCUCUCCAACGAAAGUAUGUCCGAGGACAAUAACACAUCGAUCAGUGAUCGGCUGAAGACGUCGUCGAGCAUGGGCGGCGGCAGUGCCGGUGGUGGCCCCAAUGGCCUCAGUAAUUCCCAGGAUGCUAGUUCAUCAGCAGCGGCUGCAGCAGCGGCAGCUGCUAUCUAUGCCGAAAGUCUGAAUAAAGAUGACUGCGAUUUUAUAGGUUCUAAUGUUAGCGUUAAGCUACGAUCUAUGGAUCGUACACAGCGUAUUAUAGCUGAAAAACUAAUCAGUGAGGUACUCUACUAUGGUCAGUUCAAUGAGCUGGAGCGAAGCGCUCGAAUACAGCCCAAGUGACACAUCCUAAAGAAAUUUUUAAGUUCACGUUUUAUGAAUUAGU